GGCCUGAGGGCGGCCGUGGCUGCACAGCGGCGCCAUUGGCGGAGCGUCUGUGCGGGCCUGUGAGCGGCGGCAGCAGCGGCCGGAGCCCGGGGAGGCGGCGGCGGAGCUCGGAGGCGGCCGGAGCGCAGGAUUUUUCAUUCCCAAGCUGUGGCCAGAUGGAGGAGAAGGAAGAUCCCUGGAGAUGCCGCACAAGGAAGGGCUGCAAGGAGGAACGAUCCCCCCUGAGCCAGGAAGGCGUCCGAAUAUCCAUCCAGAGCUCAGAGCUCAUGGAGAAGCCUCAUGAUAGGGAGAAGUCACACAAGUGCUUGGAAUGUGGAAAGGGCUUUGAGUACAGCUCCGACCUGAGAAAACACCAGAGGAUCCACACUGGGGAACGGCCCUAUGAGUGUGGGGAAUGUGGUAAGAGCUUCAGCCACAGCUCCAACCUGAGGAAACACCAGAGGAUCCACACUGGGGAAAAGCCUUAUGAUUGUGGGGAAUGUGGGAAGAGCUUCAGCCAGAGCUUCCACCUGAGGGAACACCAGAGGAUCCACACUGGGGAAAAGCCCUUUGAGUGUGGGGAAUGUGGGAAGACCUUUAGGAAGAUCUCUGGCCUGAUCCAGCACCAGGUGAUCCACAAUAGCAAACGGCCUUAUGAGUGCUUGGAGUGUGGGAAGAGCUUUGGGUGGAGCUAUGCCCUGAGAAGCCACCACCAGCGCAUUCACACUGGGGAGAGGCCCUACGAGUGUCUGGAGUGUGGGAAGAGCUUCCAGUCCAGCUCAAAUCUCCUCGUACAUCAGCAGAUUCACACAGAGGAGAGGCCCUUCCGCUGCUCUGACUGCGGGAAAGGCUUCAAGUGCAACUCAUACCUCAUCCUGCACCAGCGCAUCCACACUGGGGAGAGGCCCUACGAGUGUCCCCAGUGUGGGAAGAGGUUCCAAAGGAGCUCUGAUCUCCUUGUACAUGAGCGGAUUCACACCGUGGAGAGGCCCUUCCGCUGCCCCGACUGCGGGAAGGGCUUCAAGCACAACUCCACCCUCAUCAAGCACCGGCGCAUCCACACUGGGGAGAGGCCCUACGAGUGUCCCCAGUGUGGGAAGAGCUUCUCCAGCAGUUCUAACUUGACCCAACACCAACGGAGGCACCACUAAGGGAAGCCCUGUGAGUGCCCCGAGUUCAGGAAGAGCUUCAUGCGCUGCUCCAGCUCCAUCCCCCAUGGGAGGAUCCAUGUUGGAUGAUCCCCAGUGACCUCCAUUGGGCAGAGCCCUGGUGAUCUGUGGUCCAGGUGAUCCAUGUGUCCUGGUGUGAGAGGAAGUGAGUUUUUUGGGAUGCUGUGGUCAAACCAAUAGGUGCUCAGCUUUGAAUAUUGGCACCUGGUGUGGCCAGUAGGACAUGGCUAUGCCUCUGAGAACACACAGGGGUUGAAAGCAGGGAGCUCCCAGCAGGAAGGUCUCUUUGGUUCUGUCCGUGAAAGAGAUCAGACCUGCCCUGCCCAGCUGCAGGCUGGAUGCAGGAGGGGAAGCCAUGUGGCCGGGUGAGGUGGGACAGAAAAGGGAGGUGGGACAGAAAAGGGAGGUGAAGGCCCCUGCAGGAUGGAAGGGUGGAGGAACCCUGAGAGACACUGGGCAGCCCACCCCCCGGCGGAGAGAGAGAGGGAGCCUGUGCCUGUGCUGGUGCCACCUUGAAAUUUGAUAGCACGGCCUGGCCAAGAAGGAGAAAAGGCGGGGGGUGGGGGGACGCAGCAAGAAGGUGGCCGGCAGGGCAGCGUGAGAGUUCUGGACAGGCAGAGCCUGAGACUUUUAACCCUUUUCUUUAUGAUGGAACCUUACAAAUGCUGAUCCUCCUGGAGCUGAAUGAGGAGAGAGAUAGAGAUGGAAUAGCUGGAAAUGGGCAAGUGUGAUGAAAGUCCGUGCAAGUGAAAGAUGUCUGAGAGAAGUUGAGAAGAAUUCUAGGUGGGAGGAGAUGAUGGAGUGGCCUUUGGUUGGACUUUUCUUGUAUAGCCAUGGACAGAACCAUUUUUUUCUCCUUUUUUCUUUGUAUAAUAAAUAGGAAUACAACAUGGAAUUUGAAUGCUACUACUUAGGGGGUUACUGAGGAGGUCUCUUUUUCACUAUCAGGACUUGAAAGAACCUUUUCUGGAUGAGGUCUUUCUCAUUUAUGUCAAUGGAAGAAGGGUUUAACUUAGGCAAAGUUUCAUCUAGGUUUACUAAUAUAUUUUUCUUUACCAGCCAGGUUCAUGGCUUGAUCAGGGCAAUAACCUUGGUAGGGAGAUGUUUUCUGUAUAUAUAUUCUAAAAACAAGCUUUUAAUGAUAUCUAGUGCAAGAAGAAUUUUUAACAUGAAUAACAGUGCAAGCAAUAUACUUUUCCUUCUGUGUUAGAAGUUAGAAAUUUUGUUAUUGACUUUAAUAGAUUACUUUUAACUUUUAAAAUGAUGACAAGUGGCAGAAUUUCAGUUACAAAACUUUGCAACUGAAAUUUGCUUAUGAUAAAUUGAUGUUCUCUGUGUACCUCAGUGGAUAUUCUUUGAAUCUUACCCAUUUAUUUAGAAGCAAUGCAAGAAUAGUUACUAGGAGUACCAAGAAAGGACAUGUUAAUACACACACUGGAGUUUCUUUAAGACACAGUAGUACCUGCUUGAGACAGAACUGUAAUAUUUUCCAAAUACCUUUAUCAGAACUAGCAAUCGCAGGCUUAUCAAAUUUGGUUUUAGCAAAUGCAAACAAUAAUAAUAUGUGUUGUACUAUGAACUCUAAGGCAGAUUUUACAAACAACGGUACAUUUUUGUAACUCCUGUGUGAUAACUAUAAUAUAUGUUAUGAAAUAAUUCAUGCUUAAAGAGAGAAUGUAUUUUAUAAGAUUGUAAAAUCCAAACGAGUCUCUAACCACAAGCAGCCCAAGGACAAGGUGUCUGCUUUGGAAUGUUGAAAUUCCUGAAGGCAGCAGGAGAACAAUACCCCCGUUUACUUAUGAAUAGAUAUGGCCAGUGCGUGGUCCUCCAGGGCCCUCAGGAGACACUCAAGAGUGAUCAUCACCAGAAAGAUACAUCUGAAUACCUGACUUUCCCUGACAUGAUCAGUGCCUGCCACUACACAGGAAACAGCAAUUGUCCAGCCUUCACAGUAAAAAAACUCUCAUGCAUAUGCCGGGUUACAAAAGAAAUUGGGGCACCUCUGCCUCAGGCAUAAAAAACUGUACAAAACAGCCCCCCUGGAAACGGCAUUUGUGAGCAGAGGGGGAUCCGAUGUGCUAGAGGUCAGAUCUAGGUUCACCCCGUGCCAAUCCCAGGCUGUCCCUUUGGCUGUGGGUUUUUGAGGACCGUAUUUUGGUCACGGAAAUAAAAUCUUUUGCAUUUAUUAAUUUUGAUUUCUGACUGAUCAUUUAUAACAGUCAUGGUGACCCUGAUGUGAUCUGAAUUUGGGGUCCAGGGAGCCCCUCUCCACUCAAGAGGCCCCCCGCUGAUUUCAGUGACCUGACAGGAUUGGGAACUGGUAGAACCAAUCAGACACCGAACCAAAGCCAGAACUACAGCCAAAGAGAGGGCCCAGAGCUCUUGAGAACUUGGAGCGAUUCAGAGAGGGAUCUCUGGGGCCACGGUGGGUUUUUUUGUCACUUGGAAAAGUCUACGUGCACGAAGAAUCCAUGCAGGAAAAGGAACUGUGAGUACCCUGUGGUUGAGUGGGGUGUGAUGGAGUGUGUGUGUGAGAUGUGAUUUUAUCACGAAGCAACUGUGGACCCCAAGACCCUAAUGUCUAAAUGGGAGGUGAGACAGUUAUUGGGGCUUUUGUGAUAUUGCUGGCAAUGUAUUGAAGGUUACAGUGAGAAGGUGAAAUUUUUAUAUGAGAAACUCACCGCUGACAGAAUUAAAUGGACAGAAAAAGAAGAAGGUGAAUUUAAGGAAAUGCAGGAAGCACUCGUAGCAGCACCAGUGCUGAGCCUCCCUGAUGGGAAAUGGCCAUUUCAGCUGUUUUUGGAUGUCAGUAGUCACACAGCCCACGGUGUGCUAACACAGGACUGGGCUGGGGCCAGGAAACCGGUCGGUUACUUGUCUAAGCUUCUGGACCCUUGCAAGCUAUGGUAGCUGUGGCAUUGUUGGUGGAGGAGGCAAAGAAAGUAACUUUUGAGGCCCCAUUGGUAGUAUUCACGCUGCAUAACGUGCAGGGUAUACUACAACAAAAGGCAGAUAAAUGGCUCAUGGAUGCUAGGUUGCUGAAGUAUGAGGCCAUUUUGACCCACUCACCUGAUUUGGAACUGCAAACAAUGACAGCACAAAAUCCAGCCCACUUUUUGUUCAGGCCGGUCUUGGAAAAGCUUGUUCAUGACUGCGUGGAAGUGUAGAGCUGCAGACCAAAAUAAGACCAGAUUUAGAGGAGGAGUUGGAAGAAGAAAAGUGGUCCGUGGACGCAUGAAGCAGAGCGAUCAAAGGGAAAAAGAAAUCAGGAUAUGUCAGAACUGAAAUGAGGGAUGCGGGACUCAGGCGGCUCUCCAAAAUGCAGUUUAUUCCAUCCAAGACGUUACAGCAGUCCAGGGCUGUGGGUGACAGAGCCUGUGCCUACAGCUCUCAGCUCCAGCUGCAGGCAGGCCUGGAGACCCUUUGGUUUUGGUUACAAUGCAUUAUAUACUUUUCUUUGCUGAGCAUCUUAAUACAGUAGAACCAAUCUAUUCCUUAACUAUUAUCUAUAGCCUAUCAUACCUACUCUAAUUACCAUAUUCAUGUUACUAUUCUCCAAUCAAUAGAAGUUAGUACAUUACAGCUAAACCUAGAAGUUGUUAUUCCGUUUUCUUGGCAGUGGAAAAUUCUGAGACCUUUUAUAUACUUGUCACAUCAGUAGGCUUGUUUGCCUGUGCUAUCUUUCUGCUUGGUAAAAACAUCUUCUUGUUUGAGGUGGGUUUAUCCUUUGCUCUAAGCCAUAAAACCCCUUCUAACUAACACACCCUUUGCCUUCUUGGUUAUCCAGUAAGACUGGCUCAGCAAUUAUUUUCUUCUAUAUCAAAACUUGCUUCCAUCUCUAUUCCAUCAUCAGACUCUACAUUUAAAAAUCUUUCUGCUAAGCGUACAUAUCUGUGAGACUUUCUUGUCAAACUUUCAUCCUUCCCAAGAAGGAUACGCAGUUGUGAACCGGGAGGACGGGAGAAGUGAUGGAAGCGGGGUCCUCUGAACACAGUAUGGUCUGCACAGGCUUGUGAGUUGUAUGCCGUCCUGAGGGCUUUGAAAAGGCUGAAAGGAAGAAAGGGAACAAUUUUUACCAAUUCCAGGUAUGCCUUUGGGGUGGUCCACACAUUUGGGAAAAUUUGGGAAGAGAGAGGGUUGAUCAACACUUAAGGAUGGGGACUGAUGCAUGGGUAUUGAUAAGGCAAAUUUUGGAAGCAAUUAGAGAGCCAGAGGGAAUUUCAGUAGUACAUGUCAAAGGGCAGCAGGCAGGAAUGCAGUUUUGAAUUCGGGGAAACAACCUGGCAGCGAGAGAAGCCAAGAAUGUGGCAUUGAUGACGGCAAGUACCUCAGAGGUCGAAGGAACCACAGCUCCAGAAUAUCCCCCACGGCCCUCCCAAAAAGAAAUUGAAAGCUUAGAGAAAAUUGGGGGAGAAUUGAAAGAAGGUAAGUGAAAAUUACCAGAUGGGCGAGAGUUGGUGUCAAAGGGCUAUACCAGGAGAAUUUUGAGGAGAUUGCACCAGAGAGCACAUUGGGGGGGCUCAGGCCUUGGCAGAACAAAUUUUGAAAUUCUUUGGGUGCAGAGGGAUUUAUGAAUUGGCCAAACAGGAGGUAAAGCCAGAUCAGCCAAAAGGUUAACAAGACUAAGGCACAACAGGUGCCUUAGAUCCUGGGGAGUCGUCCCAUCGCGUACCGUCCUUUCGAAAGGAUUCAAGUUGAUUUUACUGAACCGCCCAAGGUGGGAAGGUACAAAUUUGUGCUUGCGAUAGUUGACAAAUUGACUCACUGGGUGGAAGUGUUUCCAAGCCCAAGGGCAACAGCCCAAACUGUGUCCAGAAAACUGUUGGAGGAGAUUGUACUCCCGUAUGGGGUGGUGAAUUACGUAGAUUCGGACCAGGGAACUCAUUUUACCUCAAAGGUUAUUAAGCAGUUGGCAGAGGCCCUAGGCAUCUGGUGAAAAUACCACACUCCAUGGCAUCCCCAGAGUUCAGGACAGGUCAAAAGAAUGAAUCAGACCUUCAAGGCGCGAUUAUCAAAAUUGAUAUUGGGAACCCGAAUGUCCUGGUUGAAGUGCCUUCCUCUCGCCUUGCUUAUCAUCAGAACUAUGCCUCACUCUGAGACGGGGGGGCUCUCACCAUUUGAAAUGUUUUACAGGAUGCCGUAUAAGCAUGGAAUGCUGGUGGGACACCCCAGGUUGGAGGAUAGUCAGAUUCAACCUUACUUGAUAGCAAUAAAUAAGAAUUUACAGGAACUAAGGAAACAGGGGAUAGUAUCCCAGAGUGCUCCUCUGGGGUUUGCUAUCCACAAAAUUCAACUGGGUGACAGAGUGCUUAUGAAAGUGUGGAAAGAUGUACCCCUCUCCCCUCACUGGAAAGGCCCCUUUCUUGUCCUUCUGACAACAGACACAGCCAUUCGGACAGCAGAAAAAGGCUGGACACACGCAUCAAGGGUGAAAACACUCGAGCACCAGGAGGAGGCUCCUGAGUGGGGGAUCCCCUCUUCCCCAGGUGACCUAAAGAUCAAACUACGUCAUCCACGUAAAUGGCCGAUGGUGAACGGAUAGGAUAUAUACUGUCAAGCUGUGUAUGCUAUCCAUUUGUGCUCUUCAAGUGUGAAUACUGUCAGGAAGCUUUUGUUGUGCAUUGUAGAAGGGGGCAGAGACCGAAGGGGUUGUGCACUCAGUGUUUGGAGGAAGAGCUUUAGCUGACUGACCGCAUCAUAUCUCUUGCCACUAAUUUAGAUAUUAUUGAAUUAGAUUCACAGGAGUGGUUCCACAUUUUCCAGAACGGGGUGUGUGGGAAACUCAGUUCAAAGGCAGAAAUCUUGGAUGUCAAGUGCCGGAAAUUGAUCAAGGUACUGUGCAGCUCAGAUGCAGUCAAGAUACUGAGGUGGGGCGCCUUUAAAAGGAAGUAUGCGACUCAGUCAGAGAAUGUAUUCUCUGAAGAGUACUCCUGCUGCUCUGAAGAUGGUCUUCCUUGCCACUGGUGGCACCCCAGGGGGCGCAGGGAAAGGCAGAGAAGUACAUCUAUGGGGAUUCCUGAUGGGCCUGAGCCUAGCCAUGUGCGCGACGUUUAGUCUGCACACUGAGACCCCUCCCCCCCUGCUCUAUGACAGGGAACAUAGCCCCAUGGAUGAUUGCAGUAGGUGCACCCAGAUUGUCCUGGAUGGGCAAGGAAGGAGGGGGGGGUCCCAGCAUACCAAGCCCUAGAAAACUGCAUCAUGGAGCAAGGCAGGUAUUGCGUGAUAAGCAUCACUCAGUUGAAAUGCAGAUUGGGCAAAGAGGUGUUGUGUUUUGAUCCAGAGGCGAGAGUUGAGAAUGGGCGUUUAGGCAAGUUCAGCCACAGAAUUCAGAAAAGAUAUGUGGAACCAACCAAUGUCAGUCCCCGUUUGUAACCAAUGUAAUCGGACAAUGUGGGUCGGGGGUAAAGACUGAAUCCGUUUUUGUAGCAUACUAUCAAAUCAAUCGAUUGUGUUAUGAUAAUUCUAAGUUGGGAAUGUGUGUCAUGAAUGGGAAAACGUAUUGGGUUGGGAGAAAUUUGAAAUACAAGAAUAAGCUCACUCUGAACAAUGAGCCUGUCAUUUUGGACCUCAUCCAGGCAGAUGAUGACAGGGCUUGUCUGCAGUAUGAUAGGACUUUCUGUUUUUCAAAGAAUAAGGAAGGGAUGGGUCCUGAGGGCAAAAUGAAACUGAUAACUCAGGAACUGAAAAUAAGGGAGUCUGAACUGAGGAAGAAGAGGGUGGAGCAAGAAAGACUAAAAACACUAAGUGAACAGUAAAAGCAGCUUGAGAAACAAUAUGCCAACUGGGGACUACCUGCCCUGGAUUGGAACCUAUUCAUUAAUCUGGUCCAGGAGAUCACAACUGAACUAGGAUUGUCGAAUUGCUGGAUUUGUGGGGGGCUGAAAUCCACUGAGAAAUGGCCCUGGAAAGGUGAGAGUUUAGCUCCAGAGCAGCUUCUGAAAUGGGACAACACACAAGUCUCAAAAUUGUCACAGAGGCCUUAGGGGUGGGUGUUGGAUCAGCAAGUGAUUGAAAACAUUCACAUCAGCCGAGAGGGAAGGGAAUAUACCAAGGUGGUGGGAUAUACCCCAUGUAUAUCCAUGUUGGUGGUAAAUUCAAGCAGUAGGAGCAAAGUCUGGCAACCAGAGCCUCAUACGGGAUACUGGAGUCAGAAAAGUGAUACAAAUUGUGAAUGGAAUGAUCAAAUUCCACUUUGUUGGGUCAAGGGCUCCAGAGUUAGCCCUUACCAAUCCUUGGGGGAACUGAGAGAAUACUGGAGAAAGCCAGGAAAAACUAAUAUAAGGCUAUAAAUUACUCAGAUGGAAUUUAUUAGAUUUAAUGCAGCAGAAGUCCAGGCAAAAUUUGAAAAACAAGUCAAAAGUAACGAGAAUAGUUAUAAUAUCAAUAAAGGAAUCCCGCAAGGAGAGCAAGGCAUGCAGAGAGUCUAAAUAAGUCCCCCUCUCUUUGUAGGAGAUCCCUGGAGGUGGAGGGUAGAUGUAGAUAAAAUAUAGAUAAUAUGGGUUAUAUGUGAUGUAGUGGGAGCAUGAAUUAAUGUGUUUAUGUAGAAGGGGAGGGAUUGUAAUAUAUAUUAUGAAAUAAUUCAUUAUUAAAGAGAGAAUGUAUUUUAUAAGAUUGUAAAAUCCAAACGAGUCUCUGACCACAAGCAGCCCAAGGACAGAUGUCUGCUUUGGAAUGUUGAAAUUCCUGAAGGCAGCAGGAGAACAAUACCCCCAUUUACCUAUGAAUAGAUGUGGCCAGUGUGAUGAUCAAUGAUCGAUAGAUGAUUGGCUUCCUCCGAGUAAUCAGGAGACACUCAAGAGUGAUCAUCGCUCUACUGAAACCAUUAAUCAAGAUAACAGAAGUCGCCAGAAAGAUACAUCUGACUUUCCCUGACAUGAUCAGUGACAUGAUCCUGCCACUACUCAGGAAACAGCAAUUGUCCAGCCUGCACAGUGAAAAAAACUCUCAUGCAUAUGCUGGGUUACAAAAGAAAUUGGGGCACCUCUGCCUCAGGCAUAAAAAACUGUACAAAACAGCCCCCCUGGAAACGGCAUUUGUGAGCAGAGGGGGAUCCGAUGUGCUAGAGGUCAGAUCUAGGUUCACUCCGUGACAAUCCCAGGCUCGACGCUGUCUCUUUGGCUGUGGGUUUUUGAGGACCGUAUUUUGGUCACGGAAAUAAAAUCUUUUGCAUUUA